GCCGCAGUUGACUGUGCCGGUCCCAAGCCCGGAUAAAGGAGGAGGGUUGGGUGGUGGGGUGCAGAUACUGCCACCUGUAAAAGAAACAAGACGAAUGAAAUCCAAUGCACAAUGACAACCAAACAAACAGGAACACACCAGCUCGGACGUCGCCCGGUUAUACAAGGUCCACGUCCUCAGCUGGGAAAACGGGGCUGGGUUGAAAAGUUAGCUACUGGAGUAGAAGGAAAAGGAGAAGGAGAAAAGAAACUCAAAGCAGCAAUAGACUUCCUGAAGAUAGGUACAUGGAAUGUACGGACUCUCAGAAGUCCUGGCAAACUGGAGCUAUUACGCAAGGAAAUGACACCAUAUGAGUGCGAUAUAUUGGGACUGGCAGAGAUGCGCUGGACAGGUGUGGGAGAGCUGAAUGGAGGAGAAGUGAUUUGGUCAGGAGAAGAGAAAAAUCACAUGAGGGGAGUUGGUUUCUUGCUUAGCAAGCGAGCGAAAGAUGCACUACUCGGGUAUAACCCUGUAAACUCUCGUAACAUAGUGACCAGGUUCAACGGAGCACCUCUGAACAUUGCAGUGAUUCAGGUUUAUGCACCAACUUCAGACAGUACCGAGGAAGAGGUCGAAACGUUCUACGGGCAGCUGGAGCACACCAUCGAGGAGUUGCCAAAGAAAGAUGUGAAAAUUGUGAUCGGCGACUGGAAUGCAAAGGUUGGAACAGAUAACUUGGGCUGGGAGCAGGUGAUGGGGUGUCACAGCUAUGGACAGCGCAAUAAUAGAGGGGAACGGCUACUGGAAUUUGCGUCUAAGAAUGAUCUGCUGAUCACCAACACCAGAUUCCAGCAGAAGGACAGCAGGAAGUGGACGUGGAUGGCACCCGAUGGCAAGUACACCAACAUGAUCGACUUGGUGCUGGUAGACAGGAGAUGGAAAACUGCAGUGUGUGUUUGCAGAACGUUCCAAGGAGCAGACAUCUCCUCAGACCACAGUUUGGUGAUGUGCAAACUGAAGCUAAGACUGAAAAGGACAACGAGACAACAACGACAUGAACCAAGAAGGAACAUCGAUGCACUUGGUAAUGCAACGGUGCGGGCAGCGUUUAAGGACAAAGUGGAGCAAAGACUUGCAAACUCACCAUCGCAGCCAGUGGAACUAAAUGACAGAGUUCGACAGUUGAAUGAAGCGAUACAAUCAUCUGUGAGGGAAGUCUUACCAACAGUGUGUAAGCAAAACAAACCGUGGAUAACGGAACACACACUACAACUGGCAAAGACGAAAAGAGAGAUGAAAGAGAGAAGACAAGAAUCGGAGGAGAGGGAGAAGGAGUAUAGAGUGGUGUGCAAUGUGGUGAGGAAAGCAGCAAAGACAGACAAGGAGGAGUGGCUACAAAGACAAUGCCAGGAAAUUGAGAGGCUUGCAGGAGACAACCGAAGCAGAGAGGCAUAUAAGCUCAUCAACCAGAUAAACCGAGCGUGGAAACCGAAGCAGUCAGCCAUCGAGGACAAGAAUGGUAAGAUGUUACAAGAUAAAGCAGAAGUUAAGAAAAGGUGGACAGAAUAUUGCAGAGGUCUGUACACUGAUAGGGCUAACAGUGACACCGUCAUAACUGAACUAGACCAAAUCUCACCACCGCCCAAUGAAGAUGAAAUGCACUACAUUCUAUAUGAGGAAGUGGCAGAAGCGGUGAAAAGGUUAAAGAAAGGUAAGAGCCCAGGAAUCGACGACAUAACCGGAGAAAUGAUACAAGCUGGAGGAGAAAAAUUACAGAAGAGAUACACACAAUCUGUAAUCAGAUAUGGCAGGAAGGGAGAGUACCAGAGGAAUGUGCAAAGUAUUGAUGAUGGUGUUACUGGAGAGAUUGAAAGCGCAGAUGGAACCACAUCUGUCAGAGGAGCAGGCCGGAUUCAGGAAAGACAGAUGCACGACACAUCAAAUCCUGAUUCUAAGGCUUAUGGCAGAGAAGAUGACAUUGAUCUACUGGAGGAGGAUAGAGUUGAAUUACAAGGAAAUCUGGAUCGGAUCAAUGAAGCAGGGGAGGCCGCCGGAUUACAGAUCAACAUUGAAAAAACAAUGACAAUGGUGUUUGGACAAGAGGACAUAGAAGAGGAACUGGAGAUUAGGGGCAGAAGUAUUGAAAAUGUCACAGAGUUUGUGUACCUGGGUAGUCUACUGACCUGGGACAACGAUUGCAGCAAGGAGAUCAAAAGGAGAAUAGCGAGGGCAACGGGAGUAAUGGCAGGGUUCAAGACAAUAUGGAACAGCAAGCAUAUCAGAACAGAGACCAAAAUCAGCAUAAUCAGGACAUGUGUGAUGAGUGUGUUGCUGUAUGCUUGUGAGACAUGGACAUUGAGGAAGAAAGACAAAGAUUUACUGCGGGCGUUUGAAAUGAAGUGCUACAGGAGAAUCUUGCACAUUCACUGGCAUCAGAAAAUCACAAACGUGGAGGUGCAAAGACGAGUUGGAAACACGAGGAACAUCGUACAACUCAUCAUGGAGAGGAAGCUCAGCCUGUUUGGACUUAUCUGCAGGAUGGAGGACAAGUGA